AUGCCAUCCAGCGACGACCCCCCCGAAGCGGGCAGCAGCUCCGCGCCUGAUUUACAGAUUCUUGGUGAUGAGAUAACCCUGCAGCCCAGUGGUUACGUUGCGCCGGAGGGCGGCCAUGAGGGCAAGGAGGAGGCACUGAUGAACCAGUUCGCCUCGUUCCGUGCUGAGCCUUUACAGUUCCUCCGAGAAGUGUCGCUGUACGUUUCGGGCCAGGGCUGGCGAGCAUAUGAUAAUGUCAUCGGUCAACCGGUCUUUUAUUCCGGCUUUUCGGAGAAUAUGAAGUCCAUGGUUCUGUCAGCACCACUGCUUCAGGAACGCAUCACAAAGCUCGCCAAGGACAGGGUCGCCGUCGAAGUUCAGGAAGGACUGAUUAACAAGCAAGACAAAGACUUUGGCGUCAAGUGUGCCCAGAGGCGAAACGCUCUGGAGAAUGGGCUCCAGGAGGUUGCAGACAAGAUGACUGAUGACAUGAUCUGCAAAAUGGAGAGCAAGACAUUCAUUCGCGGAGCCUAUUAUAUGGUUACCCAGCUUCUGACUAGAGCCUAUCACCAAGGGAUUCACGUGUCCAGCGAGGAAGUCUUGCGUCUACGGAGGGUCGCCGAAGUCGCCGCCAAGAAGAAACAGAGCAUCGUCUUCCUACCCAGCCACCGAUCUCACGUCGAUUACGUUUCGCUGCAACUCAUUUGCUAUCGCCUCGGCUUAACAUUACCCAUUGUCGUUGCCGGGGAUAAUCUCAACUUCCCGCUUGUCGGCAGCUUCCUGCAGCAUGCGGGUGCCAUGUGGAUCAGACGAUCAUUUGGUGAUGAUGCUUUAUACACCACGUUGGUGCAGAGCUACAUCGACACCUUGCUCCAAGAGGGCUACAACUUCGAAUGUUUUAUCGAAGGGGGCCGCUCUCGCACCGGGAAGCUGUUGCCGCCAAAAUUUGGCAUUCUUAGCUUCAUUCUCGACAGCAUUUUGUCCGGGCGAGUUGACGACGCAAUUGUCUGUCCCGUCAGUACUCAGUACGACAAAGUUAUUGAAACCGAAGGCUAUGUCACCGAGUUGCUCGGAGUGCCAAAAAAGAAGGAGAACCUGGCAGAUUUCGUCUCGGGCGGCUCGUCUGUUCUUUCGUUGAAGCUUGGCAGGGUUGACGUCAGGUUUCACGAGCCAUGGAGCCUGCGCAAGUUUGUUGACGAGCAGUUGUCUCGCCUUUCUUCGAUCCCCCCCGGCCUGGACACGGACCAUCACAACCCUGAUGUGAGGGCCGCCCGUGAAAAGAUUCUGCGGACCAUGGGUUACAAGGUGCUGAGUGACAUCAAUGCCGUGUCCGUCGUCAUGCCAACAGCUCUUAUUGGCACCGUUCUUCUUACUCUGCGUGGCCGUGGCGUUGGCCUACAAGAGUUGAUCCGCCGCGUCGAGUGGCUCACUGCCCGGAUUCGCGCCAAGGGAGGGCGUGUCGCUCACUUUGGAAAUGCGCCCACGUCUGAUAUUAUCAACCGUGGUUUGGACGUGCUCGGUAAGGACCUCGUCGGCGUUGUCAACGGCUUAGCUGAGCCGACCUUCUAUGCGGUUGACCGUUUCCAAUUGUCCUUCUACCGAAACAUGACGAUUCAUUUGUUCAUCUACGAGGCCUUGGUCAGUGCGGCAAUGUACAUGCACGUCAAGCGCGGCGGCGGGCCGGCCAUGCAAGACAUUUCAUACGCAGAACUGAAGGAUCAAGUGUUCUUCUUGUCUUCGCUGUUCCGCGGCGAGUUUAUUUUCGGACCGGAUGGCCUAGUCACGAAUUUGGAUAAUACCCUGCGUGGCCUCGAGGCCGACCAUAUCGUUCGACUCGACCGUGAUGAGGGCGGCAGUGUCACCACGAUCGGGCUGUCCGCGGAGGAACGCAAGGCAGGCCGCGAGAACUACGAUUUCUAUUGUUUCCUGAUUUGGCCGUUCAUAGAAGCCAGCUGGCUCGCGGCAGUCUCCCUCAUGGGCUUGUCCCCACCACUCGGGAGCAACGGAGACAUCUGGGUUGAGCAAAACAAGGCACAGAACAGCGCUCAGCUAUUGGGUAAAACGCUGUACCACCAAGGAGAUUUGUCGUAUUUUGAAGCCGUGAACAAGGAGACGCUCAAGAACUCGUACACCCGCUUCGAGCAAGAUCAAAUCAUUCACGUGGUCAAGUCCAAAGACCCCAAGAUCCCGCCCAGAAUGCAGCUAGAUUCGGAAUGGCGGCCGUCGCGGGACGCCGAGACGGGCGCCCUCGUUGCUGCAGGCAAGCUCUGGGACUUUACCGAAAAGAUUGCCAGUUCACGGCGAGAAGGCAAGAACCGACGCGACGGGGCCACGGUCAGCGUGCGCGUGCUGAGGUUGACGGACCAGUUGGGAGCCAAGCUAUUCGCCGAUGCCGUCGACGGCGACAAGCACGGUAAGAACAAGGUCCCCAGCCGGCUCAGCGUCGAGGAGCAGGAGGCGCACACGAGGGAUGUGCGGCGCAGGAAGAAGAAGCUGCACCAGCGGGCACAUUUGUAA